UUUUGAAAUGCUAUGCAGUACUUCAAUACUCUUGUCCUUAUCCCGUGAACUCUGCAGUAGGGUUCUGGCAGUUGUACCUGUUGUAUGACCACCUCGUUUCCAGACAGGGGUAGGAGACAUGUUUCUUAGGUUUACUUGCGCUGUUGUUUACAUAUAUUAUUUGACUUAUACUACAUUAAUCUAAUAUACUAUUGAUGAAAUUUUUAUGGAGAUGAUUCUGUUGACUUUAUACAGUAAGUACUGCAUUUCUUUCAUUCACUAUUGCUGAGCUAGAUGACCCUGUUUAAUAUAUAAGUACAAUGUUUCUUUCAUACACUAUUGUUGAAAUUUUGAGGUAGAUGAUCAUCUUUACCAUAUGGGUACUUUAUUUUAUUCAUUUACUUAUUCGUCCGCUUUGGCCGAUCCCCGAGACGUCACCACUGGCUCUGGUCUUGUCCUACUUGGCUGCUGUUUGCCUGGUUGUCUCGUCAUUGGAAAUCGCCCAAAGCAUUCUUUUGCAUCUCAUUAGAGAAGUUCAGUGUCCAUACACCAAGAUUUCAGUCGGAUAUUCCAUUAUUCACUCUAAUCCACCCAUUCGUUUCUCCUAUACCAGAUACCAGUCAGCCUUUAUUUCCGUUCGCGUAAGUUAGAGAGAAUCCGGAUCAGCCACUCUGCGGGAGGGAGAAACUGCACCUUUAUUGAAAAGGCGCGGUCACACUAAGCCCUUGGAACAGACGGACCUCGAGGUAUGGGAAGACUCGAUCCCAGUACACAGCGUGGCAGGUCCCUCAUAAGUGGGGACGGGGAAAAGACCCCCGUGUCCCCCCGUAGGCGAUUAACUAUGCGAAAACCGAUUACUUCAUUAAGCACUGAAGGCUGUGCUUUGGUGUACAGUUAUGUGCCUUUUAUGUGUGUGUGUGUAUGCUUCGAAUUAUGAAUAGAUAACGUAGUAUUCCUUUGUAUUUAAGGCUAACGUGUGUGUAGCGUUCGUUUGACGGAUUCCUCCCGCGGACGGCGCCCAGUUCGAACAUGGACAUCCCUCAUGAAGUAGUUUAUUCCCUCAUCGAUAAAGUCAGGGCCAGUGAGCAAAUAUGGAACGUGAAGCAUAAAAACUUCAAGAGUAGGACACUGAGGAGGAUGAAUAUGGUUGAUAUUAGCAGGCAGCUGCAGCAGAAAUAUCCAAAAUAUGCAGAUAAGCUAACCACAGAUCACUGUUUCAGCAGAUUCCAAUAUUUACGGAGUAACUUUCACAAGCAGCUGCGAAAAAUUCAGAGUACUCCAAGUGGAUCGAGUAAAUGGGAAUUCUUCACAGCAUGCUCAUUUCUACACCCUGCGUUUAAAUUUGACUCCUCAGACUUUGAAAUGCAGCAGAGCAGUAAGGCUGCUUCAGAGCUGUCAGAGGAGCUGGUUUGGGAAGGUUCAGCUAGUGAUUUGAUUGAUGCUCCAAGUACAGUUAAGGCACCAGAGGAAGAAGUUGACCCUCUUGCCACAACUUUUGAACAGACCGGACUUCCUGCUCCAACAGACUCUCCUUCCACAACUUCAGGUGAAUCUAGAACUCCAACACCAACGAACAGCUCAUUUAUUAUUCCAACUCCACCAAUGCCAAGGAAAAAGAGGAAACACAACACCAGGGACAUUUCAAAUAUUGAGGACCAGGUGUUGCAAGAAUUAGCUAAUGUGCAUAAUGAGUGGAAGAAUCUGAAGCAGUUAAGUGCACCCUUGGAUCCUAUAAUAGAAUCUGUAAAGGGUUUUGUGAGGAUUUUAAAUGAGAGCCAUCCUCAUCUUAAGUCAAAGUUCCACCGAAAAGUUUUUGAAGCCAUGGCAGAGGUCUCACAAGAAUUUGGCUGAGAUAAGAAUGGCUUUUCCUCCCUCCUGAAUUUGUACAAUACUCAUAAAUAUCACAUACUUUUCUUAAGAAAAGUGAAUUGUCUAUUUUCUUGUCUUAUUUGUUGUUUAUGUAGUUUUUAAGUGAAAUAUAUUUUUAUAA